AUGGCUACCAAUUCGCCGGAUAACACCAUUCUCUACAUACGACCGCCAUACAGGUCCUCAAAGAAAACAUAUAUUACCAAGUUAUCCCUUCGAAUCACAUCAGUAAUACUCGGCACAGUAGUUCUAGGCCUUCUCAUCGCCCUACAUCUCAAUGAUGUCGACAUGCCACUCCUCAUCAUGGGUCCUGGGGUAAUCUGCGGCCUAUGCUGGAGUUUCUCCGAGACGAUAUGCCUCUUUGUACGCCACGAUCGUAACGGCAUCACACCCGGUGCCAUUGUGGGAUGCGAUCUCGUCCUGUGGCUUGGCAUGGGUAUCGCAACCGCCAUAACCGGCUUCAUGAAGGACGGAUACUACUGGCAGGAGAGUACCAUGAGGAAAAAGAUAAACAGAAAGGUUGUUACUGCUGCCGUUUUGGUAGCGGCGAUAGAUAUUGUCUUUCACUUUGCGUUGUUCACGAUUGGAUGUCGAGAGGUUGAUGCGCAGAAACAUAUCCCGAAGGCAGCGUACGUGAGGAUGGAUUCUUUGGCUGUGCCGCCUCCUAGUUAUCCUGGGAGGGACGUUGAGUUGCAGCCCGUGAACAAGACUGUUGACGUGAGCGAGCGAACUGUUGAAGAGUAA